UGGAAUGAAAGUGGAGUAGCUACUUGUGAUGCGAUCCUCAAAUUCACCAAACUAGAGAAAUCGCCAGCUUUCCAUCAUCUAGCUAAAUGCAGUUUUGAAAACGCUGACCAUUCGAAUGGAUAGAGUUCUGUUAUGUACAGUUGGCUAUUUAGAUAGCCUUUUAAUUAGCUAAAGGAAUUACUUAGAAAGCUGUAUAUAUUUUGUAGUUAGCUAGCCAGUGUUAUGAAGCAUUUUUAAGAAGAGGAGCAUCAGCACGAAGAUACAUAUCCAGGCAUAGUUAAGUAAAGAAUAUGUACUGCGAAUGGUUAACCUUAGGUUAUCUAAAAAUAUUCCGAUUCAACUGAUCAAUAAUCAAUAUUUUUCAUUGUGUGCGUGUUUUUGUUUUUCGGGGUCCUUGCUGCUGGCCGAUUGCUGGAGGGGUAUUUUGAGGAAUGUUCGGGCAUUAUUCGAUAGCUAGGCUAACUGUUGUGGCUAGCACCAGCUACGUUACUUUGUUUCCUGGGACACGCACUGAAAUCGGGACCGCACAGCGGACGACUGUUAAGGCAGACCACCUAGCAAAAUGAGCCGUUUCUGCUCUGUCAACAACAAUUUUCCAUACGAUAACAACAUCUUGGUCCUGGACAUGGUUUUGAGUUCUCUCUGGGGAGUUCCACAACCGAUUGACUGGGAAAAUGUCUCAAGGCUUGUUCCUGGCUUUACACCUAAAGAGUGUGCCCGGAGGUUCGAGGAGCUGAAGAGCAACGGGAGUUUCCCUCCCGUGGACGAGCAGUGCAACCCCCUGACCACAGGGGGGAGCUCUCCCUCGGAGCCGGGCCAUGCGGGGAUCUCAGGGGACAGAGGGGAUUCAGGGCCCUGUCCAACCAGCAUCUCAGUAACGAGUGUGAACGUCACGCACUCAGGCAGUGGAGAGGCGGCAGAGAUUGAGAGCGCCGUUGUCCCCGGAGAAGGAGGGAGUGCGGACAGCAGGAAAGGUCCCAACAUGGUGAUCCAUGUCUGUGACGAGGCGAAGAACCUCAAGCAGGACUUUGUGUGCCCGCGGAACCUUCUGGUGAGCGAGAUGAGGUACUUUGCGGAGUACCUGUCGGUGGACGCUCAGCGCUGGGAGGAAGUGGACAUCUCGGUACACUGCGACAUCCAGAUCUUCCACUGGCUCAUGAACUACGUCAAGAGAAACGGCGAGACCGAGGAGAGCGACGUCCCCAAGCUAGAACCCAGCAAUGUGAUCUCAAUCCUGAUCUCCUCCGAGUUCUUGAAGAUGGAUGCAUUAGUUGAAGAAUGUAUACAGUUCUGUCACAAGAACAUGAGCGCUAUUGUGGCGACGCCGUGCAACAUGAACUGCAUCAACACCAACCUGGCGACCCGGAUCGCUGACCUCUUCUCCCAUAACGAGGCGGACGAUAUCAAGGACAAGAAGGACAAGUUCAAAAGCAAAUUAUUUCAGAAGAAAAUAGAGAGGCUUUUUGACCCAGACUACAGGAAUCAUGAUUCGCCCGGGAACGCUGCGACCCUGUACAGGUGUGGUCUGUGCAAUAAACUUUUGACCAAAGAGACCGAAAGAAAGAUCUCCUGCAUCCCAGGGAAAAUUAACAUCGACCAUCAUGGAAAGAUCAUAUACACUCACACCAGGCAUAAGAACUGGGAUGUCCAUGACUACCUGAACCACCUGCACGAGGAGCUCAAAUCCUGGACCCUGGUCUACUGGAGGAUCUGGGGAACCAUAAACUUUCUGACCUGCUCUUUCUGUGGACAGGUGUUUGUAUGCUCGGAGCUGGCACAGUGUAGGUACCACCCUGAAGAGGUGCUGUAUGCUGGGAUGGAGACGGAGCUGGGCUGGCACGGGACAGGGCUGUACCCCUGCUGCAGUCAGAGGGUGCUGCGCUUCGACCCCACCUGCAUGCCCAAGGGCUGUAAGGUUAAGGACCACUCUGCAGGCCCAGUGGACAGUGUGAGCAGUGAGGACUCAGAGCAGAGCCCAGCUCAGACCAGGCUGCUGAACGACCUGCUGCUGCAUAGAGAGGCAGUGUGUGUGCCGGCCGGGCCCCUGCCUGAGGGCAGCUCUGAGCUGUCUCCGGGAAACGGCCGGCCCAAGGACUGCGACAUUCUGCUGGAGCCGGGCGUGUUGGGGCCACAGAAGCCCGGCGAGUCCCCCUUUUCACUGUUGAGAAAUUGGGGUCUGCAGCUGAGACAGCAGUCCCUGUUAUCUGAGGAUGAGGAGUACACCACAGGCUCAGAGGUGACUGAGGAUGAGGUCGGAGAUGAAGAGGAAGUCUCCAAGAAGCAAGGUUUGAAGAAGCCCAAAAAGUCGAAGAAGCCCCUGAAGAGGCAGGUGUCAUCUCCCAAUUUCCAGAGGAAAGAGAAGACCCCGGAGAAGGCACCGUCCCGGGAUACAACUCCCUUCACAGUGAGCCUUCAGAAGAGCAAAUGGGACAGCACCCGCUCCAUGCGCUACAACCAGGACGCGCAGAGAGAGGAAGAUCAACGGCGGAUGGUUGAAAUAAUCGAUCACCUCACAAAAAUGAGAUUCGGCGACGUGGAGCAAAGCCGGUGGAAGGAUACGAAGGAGCACGCAGGGGGGGUCUACGCCAGGCUGGAGACCCAGUUCAGGGCCUCCUACCAGAACUCCAGCAGACAGAACAGCUCAGAGAAGACCAGCAGACCUAAGGCUCGCCUUGGGCAGGCCCGGCCAACCUAGAGACUGCAGAGGAGAGGAGGAAGAAGGAAAAGGAGGACAAGAAUGUGUAAAACGGGGGGAAAGAGCGCAUUGGAACUGAUUGCACUGUGAAGCCAUGCCCAGAUUGGUGCCUGAAGCCUUUUCUGAACAGUAGCCCCUCUCCCUGCCCUACCCUGCCCUGCCCUGCUCCCCACCCUGUCCUGCCCUGCCCCUCACCCUGCCCUGCCCUGCCCUGCCCUGCCCCUCUCCCUGCCCUGCCUCUCACCCUGCCCUGCCCUGCCCUGCCCUGCCCCUCACCCUGCCCUGCCCCUCUCCCUGCCCUGCCCCUCUCCCUGCCCUGCCUCUCACCCUGCCCCUGCCCUGCCCCACGCUCUGCCCUGCUCCUCACCCUGCUCCCCACC